AUGGCGCAGCCUCCGGAGAGACCUGCUGCUGGGGCGCUCAUCUACGCCAUGGUGGCGCGGGGCACGGUGGCGGUGGCGGAGCACACGUCCUACACGGGCAACUUCCGGGACAUCGCCGCGCAGUGCCUGCACAAGCUGCCGGCGGGGAACAACCGAUUUACCUACACCUGCGACGGUCACACCUUCAACUUCCUCGUCAGCGACGGAUACGCAUUUUGCGUUGUCGCAACCGAGUCAGCCGGGCGGCAGAUUCCUAUGGCCUUCCUCGAGACGAUCAAGGAGGACUUCAACAAGAAAUAUGCAGGGGGCAAAGCAGCAACAGCUACAGCCAACAGUCUCACACGGGAUUUCGGGCCGAGGCUUAGAGAUCAGAUGCAGUACUGUACGGAUCACCCGGAGGAGGUGAGUAAGCUGUCCAAAGUGAAGGCUCAGGUCGAUCAAGUGAAAAGCAUCAUGAUGGAAAACAUUGACAAGGCCAUUGAUCGCGGAAUACAGAUCGAUGGGCUUGUCACAAGGACAGAGCAGCUCCACGAGGGGGCUGCUGAUUUCAGGCGGGAUGGCGCGCGGUUGCGGCGCAAGAUGUGGUACCAGAACAUGAAGAUGAAGCUCAUCGUUCUCGGCAUCAUCGUCGCGCUGAUCCUCAUCAUAAUCCUCUCAAUUUGCCAUGGCGGAUGCGGCAAGUGA